AUUUUACACAGUGUACUCGUCCGUAGGUGUUGCACUGUGGGAAGUCCAAAAUGGCGCUGAACGUGGGAGAAUUACUCGCUUAUCAGCCUGAUCGUGAGUCCAUCGCCAAGCGUGGCCAUGACGAUGAUGAUGAUGAUGAUCUGGACAGGCCCGUGCGGAAGGCGCGUAUCCGGGACGGGGACCGGUACGGGAAACCCGCGCCCGCGCAGACGGCUGGCAUGUCGGAGGAGGAGAAGGCUGUGAUUCUGGAGAAGUUGGAACAGGAGGAUGAUAUGGAAACCCUUGAUGAGGCGGCGCUGAAACGGAUGAUCCUGACGUUCGAGAAACGAGUCUACCGGAACCAGGAGAUGAGAAUCAAGUACCCCGACAACCCUGAAAGGUUCAUGGAGUCCGAGCUGGAGCUCCAUGACACUAUCCAGGAGCUGCAUGUGAUCGCCACUGCUCCGGAGCUGUACCAUCACCUGGUGGAGCUCAACGCUGUCCAGUCCCUCUGUCAGAUGCUCAACCACGAAAACACUGAUAUCUCCAUCGCUCUAGUGGACCUGCUACAGGAGCUGACAGAUGUUGACACAUUGAAUGAGAGUGAGGAGGGUGCAGACGCUCUCAUAGAGGCACUGUUGGAUGCCCAAGUUUUUGGGAUGUUGGUGACCAACCUAGAUCGACUGGACGAGUCUGUGAAGGAGGAGGCUGAUGGAGUUCACAACACACUGGGUGUCAUAGAAAAUAUUUUAGAGUUCAAAGCCGACCGAGCGCACGACGCGGCACAACAGGGCUUGAUGCCAUACCUGCUGAAAAGGAUAAAGGCAAAGAUGCCAUUUGAUGCCAACAAGUUAUACUGCAGUGAAAUGUUAGCAAUCAUCCUACAGAACAGUGAAGAAACCAGAGAACAGCUGGGAGAGUUGGACGGAAUCGACACGCUGCUACAACAACUAGCAACAUUUAAGCGGCACAACCCAGCCAAUAGCGAGGAGCUAGAGAUGAUGGAGAAUUUGUUCGACUGCCUGUGUUCUGCCCUGAUGCUGCCGGCCAAUAGGGACAGGUUUCUGAAGGGGGAGGGGCUUCAGCUCAUGAACCUGAUGCUCAGGGAGAAGAAGAUGUCCCGGAACAGUGCCCUGAAGGUGUUGGACCACGCCUUGACGGGACCGGAGGGUGUGGACAACUGCACCAAGUUCAUUGACAUCCUCGGCCUGCGCACCAUCUUCCCUCUCUUCAUGAAGACUCCCAAACCCAACAAGAAGAUAGGCAGGAUGAAGGAGGAACAUGAAGAGCAUGUUGUGUCCAUCAUUGCUUCUCUACUGAAGAAUGUCAAGAGUAAUCAGAGACAGAGACUCCUGAACAAGUUCACAGAGGCCGAUCAUGCAAAGGUGGAUCGUCUGAUGGAACUCCACUUCAAGUACCUGGACAAGGUUGGAGCGGUGGACGCUCAGAUCGAGCGCGAGAAGGUGGCGUUACGGCGCCAGGGCGAAGACGUGGAUGAACCAAUGGAGGAAGAGUUUUACCUGCGGCGACUGAACACCGGACUGUUCACCCUACAGCUGCUGGAUUAUAUCAUGCUGGAGAUCUGUAGUACAGGACCGGCCAGUAUCAAGCCCCGAGUGAUGCAGAUCUUAAACCUGAGGGGAGGGUCUAUCAAGGCCAUCCGCAACAUCAUCCGAGAGUAUGCAGCCAAUGUGGGUGACGCCAAGAGCACUGAGACAAAGGAGGCUGAGCAACAGAGGUUACUGAGUCUUGUGGACAGAUUCUAACAGUCUUCAGUGGAGGGGCAGGGUUGGACAAGUUUUUUAAACUUCACUUGUCCUAUCGGGCAAGUACAUAAAAAAUUACUUGCCCGAACCAACUUUUCACUUGCCCAAAAUUUAAACAUUUUUUAGACAUUUUUCUAUGGAUUUCAUUUCCAGCAAUGGAAUUCUGUUAUUAUUGGCUUAUUUUCUGUGUUGACCAAUGCUUAAUGCCAUGACUGUGAAAGGUAAAAAGUAUACCAAAAUCUUACUCAUGGAAAAAUCUUACUUGCCUGAUCGGACAAGUGGGGUAGGUCAUGCACUUGCCCGAUCAGCACUUUCACUUGCCCUGGACAAUCGGGCUGGUGGACUUGUCCAACCCUGGAGGGGGGUGACAAAAGUGUUCCUGCUGAAUAUGAAAAAACUUAAGUACCAUUUCCUACACAUGCCAUUUUGUUUUGUACUGUGUAAGAAGGAUGUUAUUUCUUUCUUUCGAAUUAGUGGAACAACAUAUCUUUAGGCCCAGCAAAAAAAUGUUAUGUUUGUGGUUUACGGUCCUGAAAAGAAUUAAAGUCGGUGAGUGUUGAUUUCCUUUUUU